CGCCGCUCGCCGUACGUCAGUAUCAUCUGUCACUCCGGGGGCAGUGAUGGCGGAGGCGGACGAUACCGACAUGAUGAUGAACUACCACGGUGAUUUCCAAAAAAGCGACAGAAAGAGCAGCCGCUACCCGUACUGCAUCGUGUGGACUCCUAUCCCCAUUCUGUCGUGGGUGCUCCCUUUCAUUGGUCACAUGGGCAUCUGCACCUCUGCUGGAGUCAUACGAGAUUUUGCAGGAUCAUACUACGUGUCGGAGGACAACAUGGGCUUUGGUAGACCAACAAAAUACUGGAAGCUUGAUGUGGACAAAGUCUGUGGAAAUGGUGCUGCUAUGUGGGAUAAAGCAGUGCACGAUGCAUCUGAGGAGUACAAAUGUAGACCGCACAAUCUGUGCUUUGAUAACUGUCAUUCCCACGUCGCUAUGGCCCUCAACCUGAUGCGCUACGACAACAGCACAUCCUGGAACAUGGUGAACCUGUGUGUCCUGUCUCUUAUUAAUGGAAAGCAUGUGAGCUGGGCAGCAUUCCUCAAGACCUGGCUGCCCUUCUUCAUGCUCUGUGGAGUCCUCGCCAUGUUCAUCCUCACAUUCAACCUGCAGUAAUGGAGCGACAAGUACACCAGAUGACUCACAGACUUUACUUAUACUUCACACGUCACCGACUCAGAGUGAUGUUUUGACGGGACACUGUUUGUACAAAAAAGGACUUCAUUGUGUAGAUUUCAGUGGUGGUGUUGUUUUUAAGAGGCUGACUGAGGACAAAGCAGUUUGUGUUCAUUUUUAAAUCAAUCAUUUAUGUUGUAAGAGUUAAUAUUUUGUAGGUUAUUUAUUUGUUUUCAGUAUUUAUGAUUUUGUGAAGUGUAUCAGCUACAGUAUCUAUGAAUCAACAGAUGUUACCAUUAUUGUUAUUUACAGUUAAAGAAUCUUAUUGGGUUAUUUACAUUGUUGAUUAAGCUGUUGGUUAUUUUCUCAAGUAAACAUUGUUGUUAGGUCUGUGAAAUGUCAGACAAUGGUGAGAAAUGUAGUUCACUGUUUCCUAAAGCCCAUGAUGCUGUUGUCAAGUGUCUUGUUCAGUCCCGAGUCCAAAUAAUAUUCAGUUUACUGUAAUAGAGGAGGAAUUUAACAGACUGAAAUCUCAGAGAAUUUUUUUCUUAAAAAAAAAACAAAAAAC